AUGUGUGGGAAGUUGUCAAAAGAAACAUUAGGUGGAAGGAGUUUCCAACACAUGAAGACAUUGCUAAAUCGCCAAAAAGAAGCUGAACAUCUUCAUAUUCAAGCUCACAACAAAUAUCAUUGGAUGGUCACAUUGGCGUUGAUCUUAAUGAUGAUAACGAUGAAAUUGAAGAGCUACGCGUGCCUCUUCGUCCCAUGGGAAGGGACAAAGCAAAAGCUCGAGGAAAAGGAAAAAAAAAAUUACAUCAUCAAAUCGUCAGCCGGAACAGAGCGGUCAAUUAGAUCGGAGGAGAUGAUGACACAAAUGACACAAUUGAAUACAACUUUGGAGAAGCAUAUGGUUGAAAUCAUCCGAUUCAUAAAUAUUUGUUGUUGA